GCAUCUUGCGUUCCACGGUGGUUAAGGGCACGUCCAACGUCUGCACGCCUUCAGCUUGGCUUUCUUCUUACAUGAUGGCGGGAAGCCGAGGAUUCGCUUCGGUUCGAACCAUUCUGCCGGUCUGAGCUACAAAUCGCAAGAUUUGAUGCCCCAAGAUACCGCCAGCAGACCUGGAUACCUGAUGAACCGAGUUGGUUAUGGCAUACAGUGACCUCAGAGCAUCCGAGAGUUUGGACACAGAGCGUGGGAUGGAGGAUGUGGGGUUGGCAGCCGGCAGGACCCAGCGGGAGAAGAAGCGAUCAUACAAAGACCUUCUGCGUGAGGAAGAAGAGAUUGCUGAGCAAGUUCGAAAGUCAUCCAAAAAAAGGCCCAAGGAGCCAGACUUUCUUCCUCCAGGAUCAGAGUCACACAAGAAGAAAAAGAAGCAUUCAUCAGAUGAUGCGUUUUACACAGACUCUGGUUCCCCAGACUUUAUAAAGAAGAAAAAAAAGCCUCCCCUUCCUGGCCCAUCCUCACCUUCCUCAGAUACAGCAAUGGAUCUUCUCAAAGCUAUCACAUCAUCACAGACUUCCUCCAGCAAACCUCCCAGCAAAAAAGCUGAGAAAAUCCUUGCGCCCCCAGUAAACUUUCCAUCCUCCUCCCAAAUACCGAGCAAAGAGCAUCGUAAAAAAAUAGGGGACAUGCCCACCGAAGAUCCUUCUCACCGAGCAAAAAAACCUAAACCUCUAACUCUGCGUGAACCAGAUGGAUUGAAAAUGAAACUCAUCCUUUCCCCCACAGAAAAGACUGAGGAACCUGCAAUCUCACCACAAGUAAGCCCUGUGCUCAGCGAUGGGCCAGGGUCUAAGAAAAGCAGCAAAAAAGUGCAACGGGAAGAGUCUGAGAGCAGAAGUAGCCACAAGAAACACAAGAAGGAAAGCCAUGCCCCACGGCACGGUGAUUCAGCCUCUUCCUCUGGCGGGGAGCUGGAAGCUGGAGAAUUGGUGAUCGAUGACUCUUUCUGCGAGGUGAAGAAAAAAAAGAAAUCGAAGAAAAGUAAGAAGAAAAAAGAUAAACAUAAGGAUGAGAAACACAGGAAACACAGCAAAAGCAAAAGAGAGCAUGGGUCUGACGGAAGCCCAACACAAAUUCCACCACCGACACUGCCCUCAUCCCCGGCCCCUGCAGGUGUUACACCACCACCGGCAACUCUGUCACCACCCGUUCUUAUCACCCAUGCAGAAGUGCCAUUGGACAAGAAGAAGAAGAAAGAGGAAACCGAUAAGCCCAAGAAGAAGAAUAUGUCUGCUUACCAGGUUUUCUCCAAAGAGUAUCGAGGCAGCAUUAUUGCAGAACACCCUGGGAUCGACUUCGGGGAGUUGAGCAAAAAACUGGCUGAGGUGUGGAAGCAGCUUCCUGAAAAAGACAAGCUUGCUUGGAAGCAGAAGGCUCAAUAUCUCCAGCACAAACAAAAUAAAGCAGAAGCCACCACAGUGAAGCGCAAGUCCAGCUCAUCGGAGGCCACCCCAAAGAGCAAAGGUUCCCCUUCUGGUGUCUCUUCGCCUCACAAAAAAUCUCCAAGCAGUGUUUUGUCCUUCUCGUCCUCCCCUGCAAAAGUCCCGGACACGGAGCCCAUUGAUGUGGCUGCCCACCUACAGCUGCUAGGAGAAUCUUUGAGCUUGAUAGGCCAUCGGCUACAGGAGACCGAGGGCAUGGUUGCAGUGUCUGGUAGUCUGUCUGUCCUUCUGGAUUCCAUCCUUUGUGCCCUUGGUCCAUUGGUCUGCCUCACCAGCCAUGUUCCCCAGUUGAAUGCUUGUCCUAAGCAAGUACUGUCUAACACACUGGACAACAUUGCCUAUGUGAUGCCUGGCUUAUGACCACAGACAUCUCCAGGAAGAUCAGUGGCUCCUGGAUCUCAAGAAACAACUUUUAUACUUGUACAGUGCUGUAUUAUAUGUACACAAAGUGUGAGCUAUUUUAUAUGUUUUUGUGUUUUUAUUGUGAUAUUUAGACCAAGAAAAAAAGGUGUAUGGUGUUUUUAAAGGACUAUAGUGGUUGUAUGCAUUGCAUUGAAACAUUGCUUUAUACCUGGCAGAGUGGCCACUGUGACAAAACAAGCUCCAUACCUUCAUCAUCUUAGUGAUAUCGACAGAUGGCUUCCUACCAGCCCAUUUUUAAAAAUAAAUAAAAAAUGAGACCAGUGUCAGAGCCUGAACAAUAGCCUGUUAUGGAUUCCUAACACUGAAAUGGUAAAUAAUAUGCCUAGUUUGGAGAUAUUAAUUAGCGGAACUGUACCUUAAAGCAGACUACUAAAUGAUAUGGUCAACAAAUGUUUUUAUGUCGAGAGGGAUUUUAUUAAAUGAACAUGAUGCGCUGCACAGAAAGCGAAUAGCUUCAUUCAACUCUUAAAUGGCAAGUCUUGUGUAAAUGUCAUUGUUUUAAUUUUGUAUAUAAAUAAAAAUCCCUUAAUUGCC